AUGGUCCAAGUCCCCACGCCGCCGCUGCCACCGUGGAUGAAUACUCUGGCGCCGGCUGGCAGAGGUCUGCCGCCCGGCGUUAGCGACUGGUAAGCGGACGUGCCCGCGGUGCCCACGGCAGCUCCCUGAUCAGGGCUGACUCCCUCGGGCAGCACGGCCAGGCAGUCUGUGGACAAGAUGGCGUACUGGCGCAGAGUUCCCAUGCCGCGGGCGGUGGCGGAGGAGAACAGGCCGCCAAAGACGAGCUGGCCGUCGGCAAAGUCGGUGUUGGAGGGAUGUCUGGCGACGACGCGGCCGCAGACAUCGAAGCCUGGAGUGGCAGGCCGGGGAACGACGAGACAGCCGUAG